AGUUCGUUUGAUGGGUCGUUGAAGUGUGAACGUGAAAGUAGCAAAUACUACUACUAGUUCUCCCUCGUGGAAACUUCAAAGCCAUUAGUGGGCACAUUGCUUGACUGCACGAACUUCCCCAAAUUAAAUUAUUCCGUUGAGCGGACUAAAGCAUCUCUUGCUUGUGAAUUGUGAAAAUGAAACUGAAAGCAACGCGAGGGCACAACACAAAUAUCUAAAACUUAGAGGGCACUUGGCAGACUCCAGCCAGCUUGAAGAUCUCCGAACGACACAAUACUAACUAACUACUCCCUACGCAGUUGUCUGCAAUGGACGCUCGAGGAAGAAGACAUGUACCUCUUCGAUGGCCUCUGCUAAUGCUAUCCUUGAUCAUCUCCUCUUCCUUAAUCUCUGCUACUUCUUCUGAUAAAGUUACCCUGGAGCUGUACUAUGAGACCCUUUGUCCCUACUGCGCCAAUUUCAUCGUUAAUUAUCUGUACAAGCUUUUUGAUACGGGACUCAUCGAGAUCACCGAUCUCAAGCUCAUCCCUUAUGGCAACGCUAAAAUCAGACCCAAUUCCACCGUCGUUUGUCAGCAUGGACCAUAUGAAUGCUUACUGAACACCAUAGAGGCGUGUGCAAUCGAUGUGUGGCCAGAUGUGCAUGCACAUUUUCCCUUCAUCUAUUGCGUAGAAAAACUAAUAUACGAUGGGAAGAAAACUGAGUGGGAGACGUGCUUUUUGAAGUUGGGUUUGGAUGAAAAGCCUGUCACUGAUUGCUAUGAAAGUGGACGUGGAAAAGAGCUUAAUCUAAGAAAUGCAGCAGUGACAGGUGACCUGCGACCUCCUCACACAUACGUGCCUUGGGUAACUGUGGAUGGACAGCCGCUUUAUGAUGACUACAUAGACUUCGUAAGCUUCAUCUGCAAGGCUUACAAAGGAAGUCCAGUGCCUGCUGCUUGCAGUGGAUUGUCUGCAGCUGACGUUAGCGAAAAGGGAAGUUUGAACAUUUUCACUCCGGUCUGCUAUACAGGGGUGACAAUUAAGUCGUUAUUUUCCGGCAUAACAACAGCUGUAGCAUCAUGGGUGCGGGGUGUUACAGAGGCGGCAGCUUGGGAAUAGAUCCAUGUUGCUCUAUAUCAUGCUCAGGCUGCUACUGUCUAAGAAAAGACACUACUGUAAUUAGUCUGUUCAUAAGGAGGUUAUUCUACUUUAAGCUAUAGGAAAAACGUUAUGCUUUUUCUACAUGAUUGUAAGGUUCUCGUAAUGAUCAUAUGUCGCCUGUGAACGACGCAAGUAUCCAUGGAUCCGCGAAUACAAAAACUAUACCAUCUUAAAUGUUCUACGUGUGUAAUUUGAAGGAAAAGCAGUCUUUUGCUUGUAAUAAUUUCGACUUGUUAUAUGAUUCAAUCUUGAAUA